AUGGAUUCUUCCGUUCAUGGCUCCGUAAGCGAUCACCAUUACUUGAGAAGCUUUUUCGACAAGAUGAACCAAAUGAGAAAAGGUGAAGUUCUUUGUGACGUUGUGCUUACGACGGAAAAUGGGAGAUCAAAACUGUAUGCGCAUAGAAGUGUUUUGGCAGCAAGUAGUUCAUAUUUUUACAACCUUUACACUGGUACUUAUCUUUCAAGGUAUAGUAGAGAAACUGUUAUCGGGGGAAUUACAGAUGAUAUACUCAGCAUCAUUCUGGAUUAUAUUUAUUCAUCUAAAAUAUUGCUGGACCAAGGGAACGUGGAAGCAAUUUUGUACGCUGCUUUCCAGCUCGGAUUAGAAUCUCUCGGACAGCUGUGUGAAAAGUUUCUUCUUCGCAAGCUAUGUGUUGAGAACUGUAUUAAAAUGACGACUUUAGCAAGAUUAUAUUCACUUGAAACGCUCCAGAGUGAAGGACAACGCUUGAUAAUCAAUAAUUUCUUGAAAAUUAAAAACUCUGGAGAAUUUUUUCAGCUAUCAAGCAAAGAACUGGCUCAAAUAGUAUCUGACGAUGAUUUAAAUGUGAGAAAUGAAGAACAAGUUUAUAAUGCGAUUCGAGCGUGGGUAAGUUAUGAUGUUUCAUCGAGGCAGCCUGAAUUUGAAAACCUUUUGAGUCAUGUGCGACUGCCAUACAUCAAUCGUAAAUUUUUACUUGGCACAAUCGACAAGGAUUCUCUAGUGACCUCAUCGUCGGCAAGUAGAGAAUUGGUGGCCGAAGCAUUGUCUUUCAAGAUGGCGAGUCACAGAGAUAAAAAGCUUUUCCACAACGAAAGAACUAAACGAAGGUAGUAAGUUUAUUCCGCUGUUAUUUUUAAAAUAUAGGGUUCUCAUUACUGGCUCGUCCUCAGUCCCUCGCAGUCGCUUAUUUGAGGUAUUUCAGAGGAGGAGGGAGGGACGGGAAGCCGGAGAAAAUCUGUCCAUCAUGCCCCCUCUCGUCUCCAACUCUCCAUAUUGAAGUACACCAACCACGCUUUGCCUUGAAAACCGAAACACAGGGUACUAGAGUUUUCUUUCCUCGCGUGUAGCCGGGUGCUUUGGGGUAGGAAUCAGACGCGCAUGUAAAAUUAAAGUCUCGGAUACCCAUGGUAAUUUUUACUCUAUAAUCCGUUUGUGUAUGUAUUGGCAAUCUUGUCCCCAGAUAGUACUGAUUGAUGAGACAUUCUGUGGAUGCGGAGGGGACUGGGUUGGCUGUGUGUCGAAAUUGAUAAUGGAGCUGUCUUGCGGAACAAACUUGGACCUAACCUACUGCGUAACGUCGUGUAUUGUAAUUACCAGUAAUCCCUUAACCGUCCCACAAUGCAUUUCGACAUUACAUGUAAACUGGCCCAUGCUUAGUCUCACAACCUCAAAGUGGCCAAAGAUUAAAUCAUUUUUAAGCAGGUUUUGCUCAGUUUAUAUUGAAAAACGGCUGCAAAAGAAUUCAUUCGCGCUGAUCACCUGUAAGACCAAUUAACCAUCCCCUGUCUGUGCAACCUCGUUCCCAGAGUCCGAGUAUCGUCCUCUCGUCCGUCUCUCGCUUCAGGGAACGGGAGGACAAGAGAAGCCCGGAGCGAGGUUGCUGUUUGUGUUGUUGGCUCUGCUUUUUACAGGGCUUCUUCUGGUACUGCAGGCUUGUUUGUUUGUAAGACCAAAAACGUCCAGAUUGUGGAAUAGCCAGUGACAUGACAGUCCGGUCGUGGAAUGCAAAUCAAUAGAGAUGGAGAGAGAUGUCGCUUCCGGUUUCCUCCUGUAUUUAGGAAUAUUCGUGAUUUUACGCAAUAUGAUAGAUAUUGCUGUUUUUUUUUCUUUAUGGUCUUCAUGGAAUCAUCAGG